UCCCUCGUCUCCAUCCGCAAAGCCGACGAGGCGGGGUACUCUGCCAUCUUCGCGCAUGGAGAGUGCAGCCUGCAAUCGCGCGAGAGUGGCGACAUUGUCGCGCGCAUCCCGUCCUACCACGGCCUAUACCAAAUCAUCUCAUGCUUUGCCGACGAACGCGGAGACACCACCACCCCCGCACCAGGCACCGACGACGCAGCGGCUCUGAGCACUCGCCCGGCCAAACGCGGCCCGCUCACCAUUAGCAUCAUGGACCUCCACUGUACUAUGGGCCACAUCUCGCUCCGCACCGCCCGCGAUAUGGUCAAGCAUGGGCACACGGACGGGGUCACACUAUCUGACGCAGAUGUCAUGGCGCAGUGCAAGACCUGCGUGCAGGCCAAGCUCACACACAAGGCAAUCCCGGACACCGCACACGGGAGCGCCCACGAUAUCCCCGUGACGACCUAUGGCGACAAGCUACACUCCGACGUCUGGGACGCAGGAGAGCCAUCACUUGGGGGCGACCGCAAGGCAGUCGUCUUCAUCGAC